AUGCAGUCCUCCCCAAACAUGCUCACCAAGUUUGAGUCGAAAUCCUCCAGAGCUAAAGGAAUCGCAUUCCAUCCCAAACGGCCAUGGAUUCUCGUCUCCCUCCACUCCUCUACCAUCCAACUGUGGGACUACCGCAUGGGAACUCUUAUCGAUCGAUUCGAAGAACACGAUGGCCCAGUUCGCGGCGUUGACUUCCACCCGACCCAGCCCCUGUUUGUGUCGGGAGGUGACGACUACAAGAUCAAGGUUUGGAACUACCAGACCCGGAGGUGUUUGUUCACAUUGAAUGGCCACCUGGAUUAUGUGCGAACAGUUUUCUUCCACCCCGAGCUGCCCUGGAUUCUGUCUGCGUCCGAUGACCAAACCAUCAGAAUCUGGAACUGGCAAAACCGGUCACUCAUCUGUACGAUGACCGGUCACAACCAUUAUGUUAUGUGCGCUCAGUUCCACCCUACGGAGGAUCUUAUUGCCUCGGCCUCGUUGGAUCAGUCGGUUCGCAUUUGGGACAUUUCCGGCCUGCGGAAGAAGCACUCGGCCCCUACCUCGAUUUCCUUCGAAGAUCAAAUGGCAAGAGCCAACCCAAACCAAGCUGAUAUGUUUGGAAACACCGAUGCAGUCGUUAAGUUUGUGCUGGAAGGUCAUGACCGCGGAGUUAACUGGGUGUCGUUCCACCCCACACUGCCCUUGCUCGUGUCUGCCGGUGACGACCGGUUGGUCAAGCUCUGGCGGAUGAGUGAUACCAAGGCAUGGGAAGUCGAUACUUGCCGCGGCCAUUUCCAAAAUUCCUCCGCCGCUUUGUUCCACCCACACCAGGACCUCAUCCUUUCCGUUGGCGAAGAUAAGACGAUUCGCGCAUGGGAUCUUAACAAACGUACAUCCGUUCAGUCCUUCAAGCGUGACCAUGAUAGAUUCUGGGUUAUCGCCGCCCACCCCGAGAUGAACUUGUUUGCCGCGGGCCAUGACACUGGUGUUAUGGUCUUCAAGCUCGAGCGAGAGCGCCCUGCGUCUGCUAUCUACCAGAACCAGCUGUUUUACAUCACCAAGGAUAAGCACGUCAAAUCAUAUGACUUCGGCAAGAAUGUUGAGUCGCCGCCGAUGCUUUCCCUGCGCAAGCUGGGUUCCCCAUGGGUCCCUCCGCGUACCCUCUCUUACAACCCCGCCGAGCGCGCUAUUCUCGUUACCACGCCCGCCGAUAAUGGAACUUAUGAACUGAUUCAUCUCCCCAGAGAUGCUACUGGGGCUGUUGAGCCUACAGACGUUAAGCGUGGACAGGCCACUUCGGCAGUUUUCGUCGCCCGCAACCGCUUCGCUGUCUUCAACCCCUCGAGCCAGCAGGUCGAUAUCAAGGAUCUCAGCAACUCCACAACGAAGACAAUCAAGCCCCCCCCGCGGGCACAACCGAUAUCUACUUUGAAGAAGCAGCUUGCAGAGCUUGCUGUCAGCGGAGUGAAAUAUGUGGUGUGGUCCAACGAUGGGUUAUACUGCGCUUUGCUCAGCAAACACAAUGUCACCAUUGUGACCAAGACCCUCGAGCAGGUCAGCACCCUGCACGAGACUAUUCGCAUCAAGAGUGCUACCUGGGAUGAUGCCGGUGUCCUGCUCUACUCCACUCUUAACCAUGUGAAGUACUCCCUUCUCAACGGUGAUAAUGGUAUUAUCCGCACCCUUGACCAGACCGUAUACCUUGUUCGUGUCAAGGGACGCAGCGUCUAUGCCCUUGAUCGCAAUGCCCAGCCACGCAUCUUGGAAAUUGACCCGACAGAGUACCGUUUCAAGCUCGCCCUCGUGAAGCGGAAUUACGAUGAAAUGCUCCAGAUUAUCAAGACUUCGAGUUUGGUUGGCCAGAGCAUCAUUUCUUAUCUGCAGAAGAAGGGUUACCCUGAGAUUGCUCUGCAAUUCGUGCAAGAUCCCCAGACCCGCUUUGAUCUUGCCCUUGAAUGUGGCAACCUCGAGGUUGCCAAUGAAAUGGCGCGGGAACUCGAUCGCCCCAAUGUCUGGAGCAGACUUGGAGCUGAGGCAUUGGCCCAUGGUAACCACCAGAUCGUCGAAAUGACUUACCAAAAGCAGCGUAACUUCGACAAGCUCUCUUUCCUAUACCUCUCUACUGGCGACCAGGAGAAGCUUUCUCGCAUGGCCAAGAUUGCCGAACACCGUGGUGACUUCACCUCUCGUUUCCAAAACGCCAUCUACCGUGGAGACGUUGAGGACCGAAUCCAGAUGUUCAAGGAAGUGGACUUGUACCCUCUUGCCUAUCUUACUGCCAAGUCACAUGGUCUGAUUGAAGAGGCCGAGUCUAUUUUGGAAGCUGUUGGUCUCACCGAAGAUCAGAUUGUCCUACCCACAAUCGAGCAACCUCUGAAGGUUCCUCAACCUAUUGUCCCCACUUUCAAGUCCAACUGGCCUGUUAAGGCUGCUGGUCACUCCUCCUUUGAGAAGGCGCUUCUUGGGGAGGUUGGUGCCGCUGACGAAGAGGCUGGUGCCGAGGGAUUCGAGAUUGAGGAAGAGGAGCAAGAAGCUGCCGUCGCCCGGGAAACCCUUGAGGACGACGAGGAGGAAGUUUCCGGAUGGGAUAUGGGUGAUGAUGUCAAUGUUGAGGAAGAGGUCGACUUCGUCAAUGUGGAAAGCGCCGAAGCUGGCGCGGGCAGUUCUGAGGCCGAUUUGUGGGCUCGUAACUCCCCGCUGGCUGCCGACCAUGUCGCCGCUGGCUCUUUCGACACUGCGAUGCAGCUCUUGAACCGUCAAGUUGGUGCCGUUCAGUUCGCUCCUCUCAAGCCUCGCUUCCUCGAAGUUUACAAGGCAACCAAGACCUAUCUCCCGGCGACUGCUGGCCUGCCGCCUUUGGUCAACUAUGUGCGCCGGACCGUCGACGAAACCGACUCCCGGAAGAUGCUUCCCAUCAUUCCCCGGGACCUAGAGACAGUUGCUAGCGUUGAUCUGCAAGAAGGUUAUGCCGCUAUGCGGUCCAACAAAUUGGAAGACGGUGUAGCAACCUUCAAGCGCAUUCUUCACACUCUUCUCGUUAACACCGUCUCAUCUGAAGCCGACGUGGAGGAGGCAAAGAAGAUCAUUGCCACUGCUCGGGAAUACAUCCUCGCAAUGUCGAUCGAGCUCGAGCGCCGUACUCUCGCCACCGACUCCCCUGAGGGUCUCAAGCGCAGCCUUGAGCUGUCCGCCUACUUCACAAUCCCCAAGCUCGAGGUCGCUCACCGACAACUGGCAUUGAUGGCUGCCAUGAAGUUGGCCUUUGCCAACAAGAACUACGGCUCAGCCUUGAGCUUUGCCAACCGCAUGCUGGCCAAUGGAGGCUCUGCCAAGCUUCUGGAACAGGCCAAGAAGAUCAAAGCUCAAUGUGAACGCAACCCACAGGAUCAGAUCGAUAUUGACUUCGACCCCUUCGCCGAAUUCGAUAUCUGCGCUGCCUCCUACACUCCCAUCUACAGUGGCUCUCCCAGUGUCUCAGACCCCUUCACUGGUGCCAAAUACCACCCCCAGUACAAGGGAAGUGUCGACCGUAUAUCGGAUGUUACGGAGAUUGGUGCCCCGGCCAGCGGCCUGCGCCUGUUCGUCCCCAGUCAAUUUUAA